CACUCAUUAGUUUACCCAGACGUCUACUGUUUUAAAACACGCGCUAUGUUGCAUUUGGGUUCUGACUAAGUAUAGAACAAGGAAAAACCUUGACGGAAAAAAAUGACGAAACAUUUACGUCUGCAAAAUGAAUAUAAUGAAAUAUCAAUGUUUGUUCUUUCCAAGAACUGUUAAACCACGUCAAAGAAUGAGUGUGUUAUCUAGUCUACAUUUGUAAACAACCUAUAAUUAUUGCUGGACAUAAAUGGCGGAUUCAGAAGCAGUUAUGAAAGACGAAACUUGUUCGACGAUGUCGGGAUCGACUCAGCAACCCGUUAAAUCGGAAUCUUCGUCGGUGUCGAAACAAGAGACAGAGUAUAAACCUUUUACGUUGAAGAAAUGGAACAUUGUUGCUAUGUGGAGUUGGGAUGUAGAAUGUGAUACCUGUGCAAUAUGCAGAGUUCAAGUAAUGGAUGCUUGUUUACGUUGUCAGACGGAAAAUAAACAAGAGGAAUGUGUUGUCGUAUGGGGCGAGUGCAACCAUUCCUUCCAUAAUUGCUGUAUGUCACUCUGGGUCAAACAGAACAACCGGUGCCCGCUUUGUCAACAGGAAUGGAUGGUUCAGAGAAUAGGGAAAUAGACACCAGGCUAAAGGAGAGUGAUUGUAUAUUCCAGUGAGUCAGGAUGCCAGACCCUCAUUUGAACGUCACCAGCAUUUUGAGAAUGAGGCCAUGAACAGGACACCAGUCAAGGUAGAAACUUUGGCCGAGUGUAAGUGUUAUGUCUGAUGUGAUUGUACGGAACUGAAUAGGGCACUACUCUAAAUGGACCCUGACUAACUGCCACCUCUGCGAUGACUGUAACUGAGCAGGACAUCAGACAAGUGAAAUUGCUCAAAACGGCACCCAGCAAUGUCCGUACAUAAUAAACAUUUCUCUGUAUAUUUUUAGAAAUAAAACCCAAAGAGUGCUGUGUGACUCUGCUUUGAGGCAAUUCGUGUGCUCUGCCAUUCUAGCUGUAUGGCAAUUUCAGCUUGUCCCAUCGGUUGAUCUGGCUUACUUUAAAGACUCCAUUGAAAUAAAUACAAAAUUAAUGUUGAAAAACUGGCUGUAGUGGGUGACUUUACAUUGCUAGGUGUCGUGGCCGAGUGGAUAAGAACACCGAACUCAAGCUCUGGUGCUUCUGUUCAGCAGAGUGUGGGUUUGAAUCC